GAUUGGACACGGCAAAGCAAGUCGGCUGCAGUAAACAAAUGAGGACGACUUACUGUAUUUAAAGGAUCUUGACGACCAUGGCCUGUUUGGCGGCACUCAGGAAGUCGUCUUUCGACAUUCUGACUGGAAUUGCAAAGUUUGAGAACCUCGCUGUAACUGGGCCCAGAGUGUUACUGUCUAAAUCUGCGGUGGGUGGUGGCGGUAGAGGUGCCCCGGGAAAUCCUUUCAGGAACACAUCUGUUCAACAAGCAGCUUGUAUCCAUACUUCCAUAAACCGUAGGAGCUUAUCUGAAUUUUUUGAUGACAAAAAGAAUUGGGGUGAAGUCGAGGUUAAAGUUGGCCGGUCCUGGAAAGUUGAAGAGCUCAGAAUUAAAAGCAAUGAGGACCUUCAUAAGUUAUGGUAUGUACUCUUGAAAGAAAAGAACAUGCUUUUAACCAUGGAGCAUGCAUGCAAGGAAGAAUACAGAAUUUUUCCAAACCCAGAGAGAAUAGACAAGGUGGAGGAGAGUAUGAACAAUCUAGAAAGGGUUGUCCGUGAGAGAAAUAGAGCAUAUUGGCUUCUUGAGACUGGAGAAACAGGCGAGCGUCCUUGUGGGCCAGUGAGGGAUCCCUUGGGUCGGAAAUUUACCACACAGUAUGCCGAGUAUUAUGUUCCAAUAUUUAUGAAUAAUGCAACCAACAAGAAAAUGCCUCAUUUUGGAUCGGCUGUAAAUAGAUUUCGUAGGCUGAUGAGGGAGAAGGCGUACCUUGAAAAGAAAAAAUAUUAUAACCGUCUCCGAAACCACGUUUGCCACCUGCUUCGUCGAUUCCCACACUUGAGUGAAGAAUUACUGCAGCAGCAGUUUCCCGAAAUCAAUGUUGCAACUCUCAGGAGGAUGAAGAGAAGUCUAGGGCAUCAUCAGUACAAUGAGGCUUAGUUUACUACAGAUUUCCAGUGUUCUUUAGUUUGACCCAAGGUUUGUAAUAAUAAUAAUAAUGAGCAAGUUUACUAUUUUGUGUUACAAGUCAUUGAAUUUUUUCAUACGGAACGCCCUUGUAUUGUAAUGUCAUUAAUGUGUAUAUUUGAAUAAACCAUCAAACAGU